AUGGCACUGCAGUUUGAAGCCUUCUGUGCAGAGGACCUGGCCCCGGGCUGGAACCUGCUGGGCCGGGGACACUCUGACUGGAGAGGACAGUUUGAGAUCAAUUUCCUGUCCGAGGAGGGGAUGUCGUUUUUCACAUCAAGCUCAAUUCUCUACUGCCACCAGGUGGGCACCUCACGACCGCGGGGCCAGGAGGGGGUGUCCUGCAUCUUCCCGCUGGUGCUGGGGGAGCACUUUCAGAUGGAGGUCCGGGCGGACGCCCAGCACUUCCACGUCCACGCCCAGGAGUACAAGGUGCUACAGUUUGCACAUGGCCGCCAUAGGCCGCUGGCGGCCGUCACCCACGUGCAGGUGCUGACCGACCACCGCCUGGCCCAGGUGGAGCUGGCAGGAGGGGCCUGA